AUGGGUAUCUUUGUACAGCGCAAGGUCAAGGCUGGCGAGGAAUUGACGUUCAACUACAAUGUUGAUCGAUACGGUGCUGAUCCCCAACCCUGCUACUGCGGAGAACCCGAGUGCGUCGGCUUCAUUGGGGGCAAGACGCAAACUGGCCGGGCCACCAAGCUACCAGCACUCAUCGUUGAAGCCCUCGGUAUCGACGGGGGCGACGGAUGGGACACGGCCGUCGCCAAGAAGCCUCGACGUAAGCGGCCCGACGAAGACGAUGAAGAGUAUGUCAACAGUCUCCAGGCCAAGAGCCUCGAUGAAGACGGCGCUCGCAAAGUCAUGGCUGCCCUUAUGCAAUGCAAAGAGAAGUGGAUCGCCAUUAAACUUCUGGAGCGUAUUCAAAAAUGCGACGACAACUAUGUCUUGAAUAUGGUCAUGAGGAUGCACGCCUAUCAGAUUAUGAAGACGAUGAUCACCUCCUUUACAGAGGACGAUAAUGUUAUCAUCCAGGUGCUUGACGUCCUGGAUAGAAUGCCAAGACUCACCAAGAAUAAGAUUGUCGACUCCAAUAUCGAGGCAACCGUGCAGGGUCUCAAGGCACCGCCCGACACUCCGGAGAUACUCUUACAGGAUACCCCGGUCGAGAAGUGGCGCCAGUUAAGUUUGGAGAAGCAGAAGAAAAUUUACGAAAAUACGAUCUUCCCGCACAUCAAAUACGUACUAGAUAAAUUCCGGCAUAAGCUUCCUCGGGAUCAACUCAAAAGGUUUGCGAAAGACCUUGUCAAAAAGUUGGUUGCAUCCGAUUACAAAAACGACCGAGUCCAAGACCCCACCGCCACCCUUACCGACAAGCAAGUCAAGAAGGUUAAAUCAUACGUCAAAGAUUUUCUUGAUAGGGCUGUAGUGAAAUACAGGGAGCAUGAAAAGAAGAAGGCGGGUCACGAUUCUGCUACAAACGCCGAUGAUGACGGUGCCGGCAAUGGACCAGAGCCUUUACCAGCAUCAGAUACUUUGAACGGCGUACUUUCCAAAGAAGAUAGCAUGGUGACUGAUAUUACUGUGGAGGCAAUCUCGAGCCCUGAGGAUGGAGGGUCACAUACGCCCGGCAGCCCGCGUCUGAAACGGAAGAGGGGUGAAGAGGACGAUGUUCCCAUCAUCACACCAGUAGAUGAGCUUGAGCCUGUUACUAAACGCGUGAAGGAGCUGGAAGAGGGCGCCGCUGAAACACCGCCGCCUCCUCCUCCCCUCCCCUCCGCCAGAGGAAAAUGGUGA